AAUGAGUGGAUACAGAGCUUUAGUUCAGAUCAGAAAAAAUCAAAUUUAAAUACUCAAAGCUGAAGAAAUACAAAUUUAGUUGAAAUUCGAGUUUCGGAAGCAAGAUACAUACGUUGCCUAAUUUUUGUUAUGAAAUUGUAAAAAAAAAGUUAACUGUUGGAGAGAGAAUAUUUAACUUGUCAAAUAUGACAGAAAUUGCUGUUUUAAAAAAAGGUCCAUCUUUUGGAGCAAGACAUGUGCAAACAUUAUUACUCUUCCUCGCCAUUGCAAUAAGUUUUUGUGAAAGGCUCAAUGUAUCAGUAUCACUAGUUGCUAUGACCAAUGCCAACAGCACCAAUAUUGAAUUUCGUGAAUUCGAUUGGGAUGAAAAACAAAGAUCUUACAUCUUAAGUUCCUUUUACUGGGGAUACGUUCUAACUCAACUUCCAGCUGGAUAUUUGGCACAAAGGAUUGGUGUCAAACUUAUGAUGUUUCUAUCAGUUCUUUGUUGCAGUAUUUGUACGUUUAUUAUUCCAUUUUGUGUGAACUGGGGUGGUUGGCAAAUUUACUGCUUCAUUCGAAUUAUACAGGGUCUUUCUCAAGGAUUCCUCUUUCCUCUGGUACAUGCUCACUUAGCUACAUGGGCACCGACCGAAGAAAUCACUCGACUUGGGGGCCUAAGUCACACCGGUGUUGAAUUUGGCAUAAUCUUUGCCAUGGGUUUGUCUGGAUUUAUAGCCGGUUCUAGUCUUGGAUGGCCAGGAAAUUUCUAUGUCUUUGGUUUAAUUGGUGUGUUAUUUUGUCUGAUCUGGAUGAUAUUAGCUGAAAAUAGUCCAAGUCGAUCGAAAUCAAUAAAUUUGGAGGAGAAGGAUUACAUUCUUCGAUCACAGUCAAAAGCAAGUGAUUCUCAAACGGCAAGAAUUCCCGUUCCAUGGCGGAAAAUUUUAACCUCAAUUCCAUUUUUGUCUUUAACAUUUAUGGCAAUGUGUGGAUUGUGGGGUGUUGCAACUAUGCAAGCAUACAUUCCACCUUACAUGCAUGGAAUCCUUAAAAUGAAUAUUAAGAAAAAUGCAUUAUUUUCAACACUUCCCUUUGUGGCAAUGUUGAUUUGUGCCUUGAUAUUCUGUUGGUUAGCUGAUUUGCUUUUAAUGAAUCGUUUGGUAACGUUGGGUGUUAUAAGGAAAGGAGCGAAUACAAUUUCUAUGUGGAUACCAGCUGCGAUAUUCCUUGCAAUUGGAUAUCUCGAUGAGAACCAAUCAACUUUGGCUUUGAUUUUGAUAAUUUUGAAUGUUGGAAUUAAUGCUGGCCAUACAGUUGGUGGCUUGUUGAAUAUUAUUGAUUUGUCACCUAAUCAUGCUGGAGUUUUGAUGGGAAUUCUUAAUGCAGUUUGUAAUCUUGUUCCAAUUGUUGCACCAUUGGUAAAUGGAAGGAUUUUAAGUGAUGAAACAAAUCGUAGCCAAUGGCAAAUAGUAUUUCUUAUAACAGCGACAAUAUUCUUUGUAGGGAAUUUGCAAUUCCUUUUCUUUGGAUCAACAGAUGUACAAAUUUGGAAUGAUGAAGAUUAUUUAAAAAAACAAGAUACAGAAAGAGGAAAUAAGGCUGAUAUACAGAAAACAAUUGAUGAUGACCAAAGAGAGAGAAAAGAGUGUUAUGUUAAUAGAAGCUACGAAUAGAAUUUUGAGUUAUAGUAAAAUUAAAUUUUUUUUUAAAUCUUCGUAUUAUUUAUUAUUUUAUGUAUGUAUUUUGAAUAAAACUUUUCUAUGAAAAAAAUCAUAAUUAUUAAAAAUUUUAAAAAAUCCUAAGUUUAUGAUAUGUAAAUAAAUUUGCUGUUUGUUAUAUUAGUGGAGUAACUAAAGCUAAAAAAAUU